AUGUGUGACACAAUCAUUGAACAUGUUAAUGAUUCAGGAUGUGUUUUACGGCCCAAUAAUUUGGCCAAAUUCGAUUCAACAACAACAAUCCGUGACAUCAACGAUUACCUUCAACGAACUCCUGCUAAUCUCAUUUCGUAUGAUUAUACAAUCGAAAUUUUCAAUAAAAAACACAAUUCAUACUUUGAACUUGAUGAUACAUAUAUACAACAAUAUCAAGCAUUUCGGCCGUACGAUGACCAGUCGAACAUACCUAUUAAACUACGAAUAACUUGGAAGACAUUCGAUGAUUUACUUGCACAAAAUACGCCGAAUGUCAAUGAUCAAAAUAAUCGACCACGUGUUGAUCUAGAAAAAGAUCUUGCCAAAACUGCAAUGCUGGACGAUCUUGAUGAAGAUUUGGAAUCCUGUGAAGAAUUACUUGCCAUUCGAACUGGAAUUAUCAAUAGCACUAUAACAAAAAUCCACUUGCCUCAUGGCCAGUCGACGACAACACCAUCGACUUCACAAUCUUCUAUUUCGAUCGGCCCUAUUGUCAAUGAAACUCGAAUAACUACUGAACCAACUACACAGUCAGUUGGAAAAAUUCAUAAUCUCUUAGAUGGUACUAAUUCACCAUCAACAGAUUCUGCAUUGCAGUCAAUUCCAUGUGGAUUAGAGAAUCUGGGAAAUACAUGUUAUCUCAAUGUUAUUUUACAAAUCUUUGCUCAUACGCCACCACUGAUGCGAUGGAUUUUGAAUGAUAAACAUCAUGAAACAUGUCUCAACUACGAAAAUUGUUUCCUUUGUAUAUUUCAACAAACUUUGCACGCAAUGGAUAGGAUAUCUAAGCAAGAUCACAAUCGUUUUUACCCGCCGACGUUGUUGCGAAGUCAAUUAGAAAAGCUCUCGAUUGAAUUUGCUGAAAAUACUCAACAGGAUAGUAAUGAGCUGCUCAUCAAAUUAUUGGAUCAUACUGCUCAAUCAUCAUCAAUAUUCUAUGAAAUCUUUAAUUUUCAAACACGUUGUGUUGUUUGUUGUGGUGUUUGCCACAAUCUAUCAGACCGAAUCGAAUCACAAACAAUACUUCAAUGUGCAAUACCUCUAAGCAAUACAAGCUCUCGUCUCAUUGAUUGUUUGAAUGAUUAUUUUAAAAAAGAAUUUUUAACCGGUGACAAUGCAUAUGAAUGUUCAUCGUGUCAAAAGAAACAGAAGGCCACACGAGAAACAAAAGUGCAUUCGUUACCACAAAUUUUACCCAUUUCAUUAAAACGUUUCGGAGCAAAUGGUCAUGCAAAGCUUCUUAACAACGUUCUUUAUGAUGAAGUUUUACAUUUGGGCCAAUGGUUAAGUGAAGAUUGUCGAGCAAAGACCGUUGACAAAGAGAAAGUUUAUUACCUUUAUGGUCUUAUCAUUCAUUGUGGCAAUGAUAUGGAAAGUGGCCAUUACAUCUGUUACAUAAAAGAUGAAUCAACAAAUAAAUGGUAUGAAGCAAAUGAUAAAUCAAUCAAACUGAUCGAGAACGUGAUCGAUAAGACCGAUUCGGUGUACAUUUUGUGUUAUAUUCGGUCAGAUCUUAGCAAAUUUGAUCUUCAAGGAAGUCGUACAAUGAAUAAUGAAUUGCCUACUGAUAGCUCAGAAUUAACUCGGUCGAUUCCCCUUCCAAAUGCAUUACGAGAGAAUAUAAAGUUUGGUUUCGAAGAAAAUAUCCAUGACGAACAAAGACGUUGCGGUACAUGUGAUAUUUAUCGAACAUCAGAUUCGGAAAAACCGCAAGCAAAAUGUCGUUCCUGGAUCAAAGGAGAAAAAAGUAAACCGGGAGAAGUGACUUAUCCAAAGUUAAAGGUAACCGUUCUUGAUGAAUUUCAACAUGGCAAAUGGUCUGUGCAAGUAACAAUUACUACUGAAAAGAAUCAAUCUGGUGUAUUUUAUUUACAUCCCGAAAAGAAACUGUUCGAUGGUGAAACAAACCAAUCUGAAACAAUGAUCAAUACAAUUAAAAUAGAUUUAAAGUCUGAUGAAUUGAGUAAACAAAUGCAUGAACUAUUGGUCUGCCCUGUCAACCAAGGAAAUCUUGUCAAAGCUCGAAAACUUCCAUUGACUCCAUUUUAUAAUAUUUUGAAGAAAGAAUUUAUUCCAUUGAAAGAAGCUAUUCCAGGGAAAAGUGCGAACGAUCAACGCAUCGAUUUGAAGAAAUUCCAUUUGGUUUGUGUUCUUUGUUGGAAUAAUCGUCCAGUAGAAUAUUGUCUUUCAAAUUGUGCAUCGCAAUAUGAUGAUGGAGCGAAAAGAGCCUCGAAACGAAGUGGAACUCAAUCGGGUGCGAUAGCUCAGAAGAAAUCCAAAUUAUCCAACUCCAAAACGACUGAAGAAAUUGAAAUUUGUCCUGGAGAAUUCCCUAUUCCAAGUAAUGACUCCAAUGGAUAA